AUGCCUCACAUUUAUCUCCAUUCUGGUCCCUGUCCCUUUUGGUGGUUUGGUGUUGACAGCUAUGGUGUGGUGAUGUUGGUGGUCAUCUCGGCACGCAAGGCCGUGCAUGUGAGCGAGACCAGCCAGAUCAGCCUCAAGCAAUGGUCAGAUGCUGUGGCAGUCUUCAAGGACCCCCACUUGGACGCACCAGAUAACUUGGUGCUGCGCUGGGCUCGCCUUGCCCUCUCCUGCACCGCCAUGCCUGCGGCCUCUCGCCCCUCCAUGAGUCAAGUGCUGGGGGAGCUGGUGAAGUUGAAGCAGGAGGCGUCCGGAGCACAUGAGAGCCAUGUGGGCGAGACAAAAUCUCGCAUCGACAUGGAGCUUGGGAGUUUCGGUGGCUCCUCCAGCUUCACUGCAGAAAUGGCCCGUGCGGAGCGUGAGGGGGGCAUGCCAAGUGGUUCUUCCUCGUAA